AUGGAUUUUGAAGCACGAUUGGCGAGACUGGAGAAGGCUUUUCCUCAGCAAGCGGAGCUCCCUGACGGGGACGAUGCUAGCCCUAGUGCAGGGUCAGAUUGGUUAUCGCCGUCCGUCGCGCAGAACGAUCGCUCCUCCCUCCUGGAGAACGAUCCGGAUCAAAUGGACGAGGCGAUCCGCGGAGGGACGAGUGCCCGCAAGACAAUAGCAGACCUUGACCAGCUUAUCCCUCCAGACAAGUCAGUGGAACAGCCCGCAGCCCUAAACCACUGUCCUUUCGCACGUUGGAAUGCUUUCCCGGACUGUUGCGAGAGGGAAUUGCUCGUAUGGACAUCGCGCAUGAAUUACCGAAAUCAUGACCAGGACCAGAAUACCCUGAGAAGAUAUUUCACCUUUCUGAAUCCGCACUACCCUUGCCUCAACGAAAGCCGCUUCUUUUCGGAUUUGCAAACCUAUUCGACCAGCGAUAUCAGCACUCUUCGCAACCGAGAGGCACUCCAGUUCGUGGCUCUAGUGUAUUUACUAGUGGCGUUGAUGAAAAUUCUCGAGGACUAUUGCACCGAAUCAUCGGCAAUUCCGGGUUGGCAAGAAUUCAAUCGUGCUAGUCACUUACUUUCCCACAAUACUCAUAUGGGAAGAGGGGAUGUACAAACAGCCAAUUGUUUCAUCAUCAAAGCCCUCUACCUAUUAUACAUCGAGGAGUACAAUGCCUCGUACGAGGCGGUAUCUCAGGCAGUCCGUCUUUGUUACCAGAACGGGCUGAAUCGCCAAUCGACCUGGAAGGACUGCACUCCCUUUGAGGUCCACAUGCGACAACGCAUCUUCUGGUCCAUCUACUGCUUAGAUCGUACUGUGGCACAGGUCAGCGGGAUGCCUUACCUCCUUCGGGACACCGAGCAUCGGGUCGACUUGCCCGCGGCUGUAAAUGAUCAAAUGCUUAAUGCUGGUGAUCUGCUUCCCGAGGAAACCCCUGAACAUUCUGCCAGUCCAUAUCAGCACAACAUUGUGAGAUGGGGCCAACUCAGCGCCGAGGUCUGGGACAAGAUGUAUGGUUUGAAUGCCGAAAGCACCAUCAGCGACGAGUACGUUGUGACGAUGGACGCGAGGUUGAUCCUCCUCCGAGACAGGUUUCCCAAGCACCUACAAUGGAGAGGCGAGCUGUCGACCUCCCCCGGCGCCCGAGAAACACCGCGGUACAUCGUCCGGCAGGCGUACAUUCUCCACCUGCGUGUCAAUCACCUCCGACUCCUGCUCCAGCGGCAGUCGAUGGUUGGAUCUGAUUUUCGCCAACGGGCUGCCGAGAUCUGUUUACCCAUUGCCAGCGAUUCCAUCAUGACCAUUUACAACACGCACUUUUCGAGUCUCCACCAAGAGCUUGAACGCUAUUCUUCCAUCACGUACCUGACGGGGGCUAUGAUUCCGGUGGCAUGUAUCAUUUUGAAAGGUGGCCCGCAAAACAAUCUGCGGGAAGACGCGAUAAGUCUAUAUCAGAAAGCCAUGAUGGUCUUUCAGGACGUCUCCUCGGGCUUUGCCCUAGCGCGGGCCAUGUUGAAACGACUGAGGAGGAUCGUGUCGGCGGUCGAGUUGAAUAUCAGGGGCAGAGACAAGACGGCGACGGCGAGCCAGACUUCGAAAACGUUCCAAGUGGCGGACAUGGAUACCAACAUGGGCAACUGUUUGGAGCUCAACCAAUACAGCGCGAACAUGUUCGAUCUCCUUUACGAUGCAACUCUCGAUGCGCCCUUGGAUGACGCUGCGAUAUUGGAAUUUCGGUCAUUUGAUCAGUUUGGUUGA